GCGCACCAGUGUAGCAGGUGCUGUAGACAUCAUGGCGUCUUCAAAUCUCAGACUUGUUGCGGUCACAACACAACACAUCAGCACCCAUCUUUCGCAUCUUUAUGCCACAUCAGUGUCUAUCCUUCCGUCGUUCUGUUCAACACCACGACAGUCUUGAAAUGGAGCAACAACAAAGUUCAGUCGCUUCUAGUAGCCAUGAAACAGGUCCCGCAUCCAUACGUCACUCCACGGCAGCCUCUCCGUCGCGAAGGACGGAUGCAUCGGUGUCAGUAGAGUCGAACAAUGCUCUAUCGGGCGGUAUCCAGCCUAUCGAGCCAGAACGAUCGCAAGAGUCAAAUGACGCACACGCGGGCGUCCAUGCCAUUGUACCCAGCGGUGAGCCGCUUAGAACUUCAAUUACGAACUCAGUAUCAUCUCUAAACCCGGCCGCGCCCACGUUCGAGCCGGAAUCUUCGACGUUGUCAUUGCUGAACCCGGAUGUGGCUGCGUUUGAGCCGAUAUCCGCACAAGGGCUGAAUCAUUCUCGUUCACCUAAUGAUCAAUCCACCCAGCAAGAACGUUCACAACAGUCGACUGGUCACCUCACACCAGACGUUGUCGCUACUGAAACUAAUGAGGAGCAAUUUCAAUCGCUGAGUCUCAACCCAGACUUUCGCCUGAGCUCAUCAGCACGUACUUCCGAGUCGCAGCCAUCGCCAGAAUCGAAUGACGUCCCCUUAGAUUCUAGCCGAGCUACGGAACCAGCUAUACCACGACUUUCGUGGGCUGAGACAACUUUUCACCGGGUUCCACCCUGUGGUCAGAGCAGCCGAACCCAUUAGACUACGAAUCCACCCGCCCAUACACCUGGAACGCAGCUAUCACAAGAGUCAAGCGGCGGACCUUGGAUGUCGGUCAGACCACUGCGCCAGAGACAUCAUAGCAGCCGGUCAAUAAUCCUUUAAAAGAUGUCGAGGCUGUUGGGCCUAGCGGCAGACUCUCUCAACCAUCCAACGCGUCACUUGCACCCACCGCACCUCGUGGGCAUCCCACACAUGUUUUCAUUAACACUGGAUUCUUCCGCCAACGCUGUCAGUGCCAGAACCAGACGAUCAUUCGUUAUGAAUGGCCGUCCGCCUAUUCAUGG